CACCACGUCAGCAGCAAUUGCAAAGGCUAAGAGCGCGUCUUACCCGGCUGAAAAUCGUCGCAAGUUCCUUCUGGCUCUCCCAGGCUAGAUAGUAGUUUUUCCAAACUUUGAAAUUGAAUCUAGCUACCCCGCGGAUACCGCACAUUGUACCACCAAGGGAAACCGCUUGCACCCGAACAUCUCUAUAAACUCUCGGUAAGCUCAUUCAAGCCUUACUCUCUCCCGAAUCCCGUGAUCAAUUUCAUCUAUACUUGUGUGAAGCCAUGGUCAAUAAAUUGAUCUUCACCCGGUUUCUCGGAAGGCCAUUCUGGUUCCUGGAUGGGAAACUGGAUGAAAACGAUGAGACUGGAGAUCCGUCGUUCGCUGAGCGACUCCACUAUCUGUAUCAAAGAUACCACGAAGCAAGUCCUGUGAACGCGGUUUGGUCGAGGAUGGUCACCCUCGGCCUGGCCAACCUGAAGGAAGACUUGUCGCCCAGGGAUCCUCGUGACAACCCUCCUUAUGUUUUCGGGGAUGAAAAUCGAAAGCGACAGGCGAACAUAGCAGAGAAUCUGGCGGAUCAUCUUCUAGAGGACAGCCUGUUUCAGCUAUUUCUUGAUGAAUUGGCCGGUGCGGAAGAGGAUACGAGGCGUCGUAGGCUGAUCGGGGUUCUCCAAGCCGGUGCGCAGUAUCUCACAGCGCAUGAGUUGGCAUUGGGAGGACAAUUAAAGGUUCAUCGACUGCCCGAGUUGAAGCAGUUUGACCCAGCUACAGGAAUUAUGUUCUCGGGUCGGGUCCAUCAAAAGGAGCGGAAGAAUACUCCGCCCUUGGUUCCCAAGCCUCACGGCCGGGUGAUCCUCGUUCUACGACCUGGGGUAUACCGAUACGAUCUUCCCAACCAAUUUGUGCCGUACGAUCGUCACAUCAGUGCUGCUGAAUUGAAGAGGGAUACUGACUCCUACCUGGUUUGCAAAGCUGAGGUUAUGGUGGAAGCAGUCAAGGCCAGCAACCCAUCUGAUGCAAGUCAGCCCGAACCCCAGGAUGAGGAUGUCUGGUUCCAACGCGGUUGGGGCUAAGAACUCUCAUCCCCUCCCGGGGCUCUGAUCGGUCUAUCCAUUCGCUCUGGCGGGUUUUGCUUUCGAAAAUCGUUCUUCUAUAUCAUUUCUCGUUC